AUGUCCAGCAAGGCGAUAAAAGCCGCGACAACGCACUUCCUACAAUUCCGUAUCCAAUAUGCAAGCAUCGCGCUCCUGUACUGGGACUACAUGCUCACCUUUCGUGACGAGGUCAAGGUCAUGUGGUCCAAAGACUCCAUGUCAAAAGUGUCCACUCUUCUCUAUGGUCUGUGCCGAUACGCAUUGCUGGCCAAUGUUCUGUAUCUUCUGGCUGUCGCAGGGAAGCUUGGUGAUAAUUGCAAUACUUGGUAUAAGUUCGUCGGCGCUAUCAGUGUUCUUGGCCGCGCAGCAGUUCUCACCGUGUUCACCAUGCGCACAUAUGCUGUCUGGUCAAAAAAUAAAUUUAUACUCAUGGGCCUUGGUGCCAUCGCCGUUACUUGCGUCGUAUUGGAUUGUUUGCAUGUUCCCGGUCUGAAAUGUACCGGCUCUUCCAGCAUCCAGAUCGCCAACACCCUCCUCUCGAUCUUAGUCUGUGUAUUCGAAUUUCUUUCAACCGGCCUCACCCUCUUCAGAUGCUGUCAAUCCCUAAGGGCAGGCGGACCUCACAGGUCACAGAAGGGUACAGUCACCUACCUAAUCGCGGAGCAAGGUACCCUUUACUUUGGGUAUGCUCGCCAUCCAGUUCUUAUCACUGAGCAGCCCGCUGAUAGUUCGACGCUCAGUAUUGUCUUCGUUUUCACCACCACCGCCGCCAUUCUCAAUUUCCGCGCUCCGAACGGCUUCUUUCAGAGGCUCCUCAAUGGCUUAACCCUCCCUCUCUCCGGCCUGAUGACCGCUCGCUUCCUACUUCACAUUCGCAUCUGGAAUAGUCGAUCCACAAUCUACUCACGCUCAGGCAACCACGUUUCGAUAGGCCAUUCAGACGACGAUCAUCCAGCGCAACAAUUGUCGGCGUUUCAAGUUGCAGGUAACGCUGUUGUGAGCGAGUUUGGGGAGGAUCCGGUGAUGGUCGCUCGAAGCGCGAGGUCGACAGAUUCGGAUUUGGAUGGGCAUCGCGAUCAUGAUAUCGAGAAGAGGCUCGGUCUGAGGCAGAAUGAUAUGGCCGCUGGUAUUGGUAUGAGUAGCAAGGGAGAGAGUUGGGGUGAUGGUGUUGUUGAACAUGGGAUUGGAGAUGGUUCGCAGACCAUUGAUGAAGAAAGGCGGGAACAAGGACCACGGUCCGGGUAUGGAAAGAAGCGGAUGGCUGGAGAUGAUAUAGAGAUGGGUACGCCCAUUUCGGUGGAGGAGAAAAUUGACUUGAGGCUCCCUAUUGCUGGCCCCAGUGCGACUUCUACCGACACUCUUCCUGUCGUCGGAUGCUCCAAGUGGGCAUCAUCAGACGCCGCUUGCCAGUGA